UUUACUUCAAACUCCCACAUCAUAAUAAUAAAUUAUGAUAAGUUUCAUAAAUCUAGCGUCCAUAUUUUCAUAAUUAUCUCCCCCUUUAAACUUUAUUUUUCCAUAUUUAUUUAUGGUGUUCAAACCGGUCGGUGCCUUUUGUAUCGCUUGCUAUACUUUGAUAUUUGCUAGUUACAUCUGCUCUGUAUAAAAAUUGUUGCAAGUCUUUAAAACGCAUUUUUAACCAUUUACAAUUGCUCCAAAUGCAGUUUGUUGAUGUAAUUAUUUAGAUGUAGAAGAAGAAUGUUAUUUUACCCGAAUAUAAAAAUGUUAAAACAAAAUCAUUCAAAUUACAAACAGAAAAAUGGAACUUAUGAUUUCAUUACAAAAGUUUUUGUACCUUGGAAAUGAAUAACAACAAACUAGUACUUGUAUUAUAAAAUAUAAUAUAUAUUUUUCAUAUAGAACCAAUAAACUGUAUAUAUAGAUAUAUUUAUUAUAUUCUUGUAAAUGAAAUAUUGAGAAAUAUUGAUGAAAUAAAAUGAGUAUUUUCAUUUUCCGUAUAUUCACUGUAAAACAUUUUUUUUGCACUGCAUUGAAACAUAUUUUCCGUAUUUUCACUGGUGUCUUGCCGGACUACUAUUUUCUUAAUUCAGCAAACACACAAAAUAAAAGGGGAAAUCUUCAAAUGUAAUGUCAAGAAAAUGUAUAUAAUAAACAGAAAAUUCAUUUUUUUAUAAAUACAGGAUUUAUUUUCAUCUUGUGGUAAGAAAAUUAUCAUAUUUCACUUGAAAAAUUUAUUUUCAUACCAUUUAUGAAAAUAAAUCCUAUAUUCAAAGAAAAAACUUGAAUAUCCUCUAUUUAUACGAUUUAUUUGUAAUUGAUGGGUAAAUAAUGAAGCACAUAAAUCAAGCGUGAUUUCGAUUCAGUUUUAUUAAAAGCAAUGGUGGGGAAAUUACAGUAUAAGAGAAAGAUGCUGACCGCGUGAUCUAAUUGAAUAAUGGAUUUGAGCCGCGUCACGACAAAACCAACAUAGUGCGUUUGCAUCCGCGCAGUCUGAUCAGGAUCCAUGCUGUUCGCUAUCAGUUUCCCUACUUGUAAUAGGGCUGGUAAGCGAACAGCAUGGAUCCUGAUCAGACUGCGCGGAUGCGCAGGCUGGUCUGGAUCCAUGCUGGUCGCAAACCCAUUAUGUUGGCUUUGUCGUGACGCGGCUCAUUUCAUUAAUAUUUCAUACAAUUUGCACUGAACUACGCAUCGACUACAAAUAACAAAAGUAUGUGAUUGCUUGCAUAACUGUUAUACAUAUAAUGUAUUAAGUGUUAUAUUGAAUAGUUAAAUAUUUACACAGAAUGUUCCAUACAAACUUUGCUAUUUGUGUCUUUUUUAAUUUCAGUUAAUGUUUUCCAAGUAUUGUCGAUUGUCAGAAAGUGUUUAAAUUAGCAUCAAUUCACGUAAAAAACGGAAACGGUUCCCUGCAGAAAAUGUUACUAUUUCAAUUUGGCUGUUAAUUAGGUCCGCUGUCAAUAUUCUACUUGCAGACACUGAUUCUCGGAAAUAAAGUUUCCUUAUAUAGAUAUUGUUAAAUGAUUAAAAAAUAUUUUAAAUAUUGUUCAAGGGAAGUUUAAACGAAUAUUCUCACAAAUAUGAUGUUUACUUAUAAAAUGAGAGUGCUAUAUCUGAAAUUCUUCGACCUGUGCUUUAUUUAAAAUGCGAACCAUUUGUUUUCAGGGAUCUUAGGUCGACAAUAUUUCUUUAGUGCAUUUAUAUAGAAUAUAAUGUAUGUAAAUGCUAUAGCGCUAUAGAAAAUUAUCAUUAUAAUUGUGUCAUAAGACUUGUCAAAAUAAUUUUCAUUUUUCAAAAAGGAAAACGGAGAGAAUGUGUACCGGCAAUGUUAAUUAUAAACAUUUUAAGAAAAUAUUUUAAUCUCUAAUAAAUGUUAUAUAGAUCAUCUUGAAAUAUUGUUACAAGUGUAUAGCAUAAGUUUAUUACAUCAAAUAAUUAAAAUGUUUGCUUUCGUAACAUUUGCAUUGUAUUUAUUAUCAGCGAAUGAAAUAAUUGCAUCAGUUCAAACGGAUAUUUAUCGAAAGAAUGAUUUGUUUUCUGAAAUUAUGUGUCCACUUGCUGGUAUAGAUUUUGGACUGUCUGCAAAAGUGGCAAGGUGUGCUACGAAGUGUAACAUUCACGUCACGUGUGCAGGUUUCUUCUAUAAUAAACAAAGUCAAAUGUGCAAAGGGGUUCCAGAAGUUUUGACAAACACCACCGGAUGCAUUAGUAUGCCAAAUACUGCUUAUUACACUUCAGAAAUGAUCAAUGCUAGUGCAGUCGUAACUACACAAUCGGUUUCAAUGGCUUCAGUAGCGGAAAAUAUAACAACACCUUCACUAAACACGGCAACAUUGACCGUAAAUACAAUCACAACGUUACAAGCAACAUUAACUCAGUCUCCUACAACAGCGACACCAGAAGAAACAACAACCAUUGCCUCUUUAACAAUCACACCGUCUAUGUCCUUUAUAUCGGCAACAACAUCGUCUAUAAUAGUUCCAACACCGUCACUAACAUCAGCCACGCCGUCAGCAAUAACAACAACGUCAGCCGCACAGACAGCAUCAACUACACCGUCGCUUACCGUAGCUACACUGUCAGAAACCACAACUACACCGACAAUGAUCAUGACUACACUAUCUGUUACAUCCUCAACAAUAGUAACAACAACUGCAACUGUAGCGUACCAAAUAAAGCAAAUGAGCAAGAUUAGCAAAUCGCCGAUAAAACGCCGUUAACUUCAAAAUAACUGUCACCCACAGCAACUCCAUCGUCACCAGCAUAAACAUGUUAGUCAUCAGUAAUAUCUAGACCAUCACUAGCAAUAUUCAAUAGAAGUAACUAUUACUUCACAGGCAUCAACUACAAUGUCAUUAUCAGCCAUUCCAUCAUUGUCAACUUUAGU